CGGAUCGAGUCGUGACAACGAACACCCAACGAAGUCCCGCCCAUAUUGUCACGUGAUUGAGAUCUGGGUCUUUUUCUGUGCCUAAUAGCCUCAGUUCAAAAUGACUGACCACAUGCCUUGUGUCCAGCUGAAUACCGGAGCUCAGAUGCCACUGUUGGGUUUGGGCACAUUCCGUUUGCAAGGCCCUGAGGAAACUUAUCGGACUGUGGAUGCUGCCUUAACAGCAGGAUACCGAGCUUUCGAUACAGCAGCAGUGUACCGCAAUGAGGCACACAUUGGCCAGGCCCUUAGCACCUUGUUGCCCAAACACGGGCUUUCCAGAGCUGAUGUGUUCAUAACAUCUAAACUAAGUCCCAGGGACCAGGGUUCCAAAGCCAGAGAUGGCUGUUUGAGAAGCCUGGAGCAACUAGGCUUAGAUUAUAUUGACCUGUUUCUCAUUCACUGGCCUGGUACACAGGGUUUGGAUGUAAAGGAUAAGCGAAACCCCGACAAUCGAGCUCAAAGUUGGGCAACCUUGGAGGAGUUCCAUGCAGAGGGAAAGUUCCGUGCGAUUGGAGUAUCGAACUACACGGUGAAGCACAUGCACGAGCUGCUGAAGAGCUGCAAAGUCGUUCCAGCUGUUCUCCAGGUGGAGUUCCACCCCAAGUUGGCUCAGAAGGAGCUAAUAGCAUUAUGUGAGAAGAGUGGAGUGUGCUUCCAAGCGUACUCCUCCCUGGGGACAGGCGUCCUCCUUUCUGAUCAUCUGGUUCAGGUGAUGGCAGAACGUUGUGGAAAAACCCCAGCUCAGGUGCUUCUGAGGUGGGCUGUGCAGCAAAACAUACCUGUGUUGCCAAAAUCAUGCCAACCUGAUCGGGUGCAGGAGAACGGGCGCCUGUUUGACUUUGAGCUUAGUGACAGCGACAUGGCGAAGCUUUCUGCUCUAGACUGCAAUGAGAAGUACUGUUGGGACCCAUCACUGGUACUCUAGACUAAUUCCAGUCCAGCUUAGGUUUUAGUCAACUAGUUACUGAUCUCCCCACAGAAUUUUAAUUGCACCAAGGUUAUGAAGAGUAAACCGGCGGGAAUUCAAUUUUAAUUUGAUUGGUCAUUUUGUUAUUAAAAUGAUAUUGGAUCAGGGUCAUUCUUUUUGCAGUGAGGGAUGAAUGUUCACCAGCAGAAUAAAAAGGCAUUAAUAUGUUAUUAUAGACAUUAGUACAGGAUAUUAGUAAGACAACACUGUUUAGAAUGUCAAUGCUAGAUGUCUAAGAAGUGCCUUGUAACUGCAUGUACAUGAUGAUUUUUUAAAAAAAUUAGUAAUAAUAACUCUUGAUGACCAUGCAUGCUACUGUGAAUGUAGUGUAUCUGAAUACUUUACACCAUUAAUCCAUAUAUAACAUACAUAUUUGCUUUGUACCUCCAGGGUUAGGGGUUUGGUUCCUGCUUCUGGCUUGUGUGUGUACAGUUUGCAUGUUCUCCCUGUGCUUCUGGGGUCUCCUCUGGGUACUCUGGAUUUAUCCCCAGUCUAAACAUGUGUUUAAUAGCUAAUUGCAAUCUGUAAAUUGCCUAUAGUGUGCCCUGUGAUUGGCUGGCACCGCUUCCAGGGGGGUUCCCCAUCUUGUGCUCAAGGUUCCCUGCAACCCUGUGUGGGAUAUAUUGUACAGAAAAUGGAUGGAUGGAUAUUAUUUAAAUUCUACAUGUAUAAGUAUCAUUUUGAAAAACUGCACUGAAAUUGGUUAAUUGCAAAUAAAUACUAAUUAAGAACAACAAAACA